UCUGGGGACAGAGCGAACGCAACUAAUUACCGUCCAAUAUCAGUUCUACCUGCAUUGAGCAAGUUAAUGGAAAAAGCUGUUUAUACUCAACUUUAUGAUUAUUUAACAGAACAUAACAUUCUCAAUGAUAAUCAGUUUGGUUUUCGCCGAAAGUGUUCCACAACAACAGCACUCUCGAGUUUUGCUGACGAGAUUCUGGCCAGUAUGGAAAAGGGAGAAGUGUGCGGUGCCGUGUUUUUGGACCUGUCCAAGGCCUUCGACACGGUCGAUCACGCUGUUAUGCUGAAGAAAUGA